AUGAAUGGUCGCAAUGCGCCUCUCUCACCUGUCUCUCUAGGCGGAAGCGAAUGGUCUGUUGGCAAAUACCAACCCAUCAACGAAGACCCCUACGCAAAUAACCGUGGCAACAUCGCUUCACCCCCGAAUUCCGGAGGCUCCAACGGGGCCAUGAAUGGUUCUUUCCCUCCCGGCCCGCGGAGCGCCGGCGGUCCGUCACCGCCGCCGUCUGUCGGCAGAUCCAGUAAUGGUACCAAUUUGUAUGCGAGGAGUGAAAGCGGAAGGAGUAUUCGUGAAGAACAAGCCGAGGGCAUCCUGGGAGAGCACUACGUUGCCUUGAAGAAUUUUCUAAAUGGCGGACAAGGAGGACGGCCCACGCCUCCUAACAAGGCCCGCGACAAGUUGCUGCGACUUUCGCCUGUCCAGUUCCUCGAGCUCAGUACCGAUGUGUACGACGAACUGAUACGGAGGCAAUCCCUAGGCCGCCGACCCUCUGGCCCAGGGGCUCAAAACCCUCCCCCUUAUCUACUACCAGAACCCAAUUUCCACCCGAAACGUAACCAGGCGAGACAAAAGCUCUCUUCUCUGGGUCCCCCACGAUUCCGCGAUCUAGCGACCGACGUAUUUUGCGAACUCGAGAGGAGGUUUCCCCGCUUUGCCGCUGGAGAUAUCCCCAGAGUGGGUAGCCCCGUAUCGGUCCGCUCACAGGCAACCGUCAACGGUAGUCAAAAUGGCUAUCCACCAAGGAGCCAAAGCCGAAUGAGACGUCCGUCCGACGCCAGCUCAAUGAGGGGACCACCCCCUUCCGAUCCCUACGGCGUGCCGCCGUCGCCAGGCAUGCCCCCUAAUGGCGAGUACAACCGUCCGAUGCAGAAGCAGUUCCAGAGCAACACGAUUGUACCAAACAAAAGUACCAUGGUAGAAGAAGAUGACGACGGUAGCCCGAACGAAGACGACGGCGAGGCUUUUGGACUGGAACGGACGGCAACAAACCGUACGAGUAAGAGGAGCCAGGCUACGGAGCAGAGUGCGGUAGCAUCAGAGGCCGACAAGAAGCUUCUAGACGAGUACCAAUCACAAGUACGCGAGCUACGGGAAAAGCUCGAUGCCAUGGAGGACGUUAUGAAGAAGAAGGAUGACGAAAUGAAUAGCAUCCUGGACAGUGAGAGAUCACGAUCGACAGCUGCCAAUAUGGAGAAGAAGGAAUUUGCCGACCUUCGUCUCAAUCUGGAGAACAAACUGGCGGAAGCCCAAGAUCUGAACGACUCUCUUAAACAAGAGCUAGACCGCAUGAGAGACGACCAUGCAAGUGAAUCUCGGCAGCUGAGGGACCAAGUGGAGGAACUGCGGCAGUCAAGCAUGGCUGCAGCGAACGUCAGCAACGGCAAUGCGGACCGUGAGCUGCAGCGGGAGAAUGAGCAGCUGCGCAGGUCCCUGCAAGAACAACAACAGGUUACGGAAGAGGCGCGGCGCGAAGCCCGAGAGUUCCUUCGCGAGAUGAAGUUGCUGUCACAACAGAGUGGCUCUACCUGGCAGAAGCAGGAAGAGCUGGAAAAAACAAUCGAGCAGCUUGAGAGCGAGGUUCGCGAGUGGCGGAACCGGUAUGCGCGCACCAAGACACAACUUCGUGACAUGCGUGCCUCUUCACUCGGAUUGACCGUUGAGCAAGACGCGGGCAAGUAUGUGCGCGAAAGGGGCUUCACUCAGGAUAAUGGGGCAGUUAAGGAUGUUCACGUCACCAAGUUCCAGAUCGCCAUUGACGAGCUUCUCCAAAGGGCUCGAUCGGAUGACCCUGACAAGGUCGUUGACGCUAUGAAGCAAGUCGUCGUCAGCGUGCGACGGAUUACUAAGGAUAUCGACGAAGCGGCUCAAACAAAUGAGGACCUAAUGCAACAACGCUCAAAACUCAAGGGCAAGAUCUCCUCAUCCGCCAACAACCUCAUCACCUCCUCAAAGAAUUAUGCUGCUUCAGCUGGCAUCUCUCCAGUUUCAUUACUUGACGCCGCCGCCUCCCACCUUGUGGCGGCUAUCGUCGACCUCCUACGAACCGUAAAGAUCCGGACCACUCCUGCUGGCGAACUCGAAGACGACGACGACGGCACAAUUACUCCUGUCGAUUCCACCGGAUUCUUUUCCCCUAGGACUGCAUCACGGCAAGAAUCGAUAAUCCAGGAUACAGUUCCUGUGCCGCUGCCGUUGGGACAGGCCCCACCAUUCCAGGGCCUCGGCGGCAGAACCAGCAUGGACUCCUCCGCUUACAGCCCCAUCAAUUCGCCCCGCCAGUCUGCAGACACCUACAACCGCGGGCCUAAUGGACCUAACGGAAUGAAUGGCAUGAAUGGCAUGGGCUACAACAUGGGGAUGAACAAGACGGGUCCCUCGAACGGGUUUGGCAUGCGCCGAGACAACCAAACUGAAGAACUCAAGAUAUAUCUCGAGGAUCAGACCGCCAUCCUUGUCCAGAACAUCCAGAACCUCGUCGGCUCCAUCCGAAGCGACGCGUCCAUCAAUCAGAUCACCUCUGAAAUAAACGGUAUCAACGAAGUCGUCGGCAAGGUUAUAUCCGAAACCGAGGCAUCGGGCAAUGGUGACAUGAUUGGCCGCCUUGCUGCCUGCCGGGAGAGGCUUCUUGAGGCCAGCGAGCGCGGAAUGGAAAUUGAUCGUAACCAGGGCGCUGGGGCAGGUAACGACCGUGAGUGGAGGAUGUGGACGCAAACGCUGCCGCCCAUCGCUUUCGAGAUUGCCCGGGAGACGAAGGAAUUGGUCCAACGCGUUGACCAGAUGGUCCUUGGCAACGGCAAUAGCGGCUUCGCUUAA